AUUUUCUUUUGAGACCGAUUUACGUCCGUUUCGGAAGACAUCCUUGCCCGUUGGACAUCCAGGGACAACUGAUAUCUUCUCUGUAUCAUCAUUUGUUCAAUCUUUGUCAACUUGAAUCGACUUGAAGCCAGUUUAGCUCCACGGUUCUGACCAGUGUUUCGUCGUGCCGGCGAGUUCUCCACUCUUUGUCUCAAGCGGAUAAACCGCAGCGGGCUCCUUGAAAGGAGCCCACGCGGGUAAGUCUCUUUCUACGUUACAAAACAAAGUAUUUGUUACACCGUCAACUCUUAUAUCCUGUGAAGUAUUCCUUGUGCUGCUGAUUAUUUCUCUGUUUCAGUUCACGGCGCCCUCCCCACUCCCGCCAAAUUUACCCAGUUAAUUAGAUCAGUGGACCUUGCCAGGUGGAAAUCGCGUUGUCUACAUUCCGUCACCAUGCCAACGCGGGGCCAAAAACAACAGGUCGAUGAAGAUGUCGUUACUCUGGGAACUUUGAAGGAAAUGCUUGAUCAACAAAAAACACAGUAUGAAGAUUUGUUGAGCAGACAACAAUCAAUCUUCCAGUCCUUCAUCACAUCUGUCAUGGAUUCAACUAACAAACGAAUGGAUAAUCUUAUCCGUGAGGUUCAGGAGAUUAAAGACAGUCUUCAGUACUCCCAAGCGGAGAUCCAAGACCACAAAUCGAGACAACAUGACCUGAGUCUCCACAUCAAGGAAGUUGAGGCCAAAAUGGAUCGUCUCGGAGCUGACAUGAACACGAUCGCCCACAAAUCCGACUACCUGGAGAAUCAGUCCCGUCGCAACAACAUACUGUUUGACGGCGUUCCCGACAACAAGCAGGAGAACUGGUCUCGGUGUGAACAAAAGGUACCAGACAUUCUUAAGGACAAACUCAAGCUGGAUCCCCUAAAGAUCGAGAUCGAGCGCUCCCAUCGCAAUGGAAAAUUCCAAGAGGAGGGCCGGCCACGGCCCAUCGUUGUGAAGCUUCUGCGUUACAAAGACAAGGAAGCAAUCUUGCAGAGAGCAAAGCACCUCAAGGGUUCUAACAUCUAUGUAAAUGAAGACUUUUCAGAUGCUGUACGUCAAAAACGCAAGGAACUACUACCAGAAAUGAGGGCUCAGAGAGAGCGAGGAAACAUUGCUUUCUUGAGAUUUGAUCGGCUUGUAGUGCAUCCACCGAGGAGUCCUAACGCUUGAAGAAUAGUAUAUACAACCAGUAACUUACCAUGGUAACUAUACAUCUUGAACAUGAACCCUACUAAUAAUCAACACUCAUCUCCAAUCACCGACCUGAGCUCUUUAGUUUUCAACCCCUUUGACCUCAAUCUAAAUGAUAAUGUUUGUGACACACCCCUAUCAUCUCUAGACCCUGAUUCGAACUUCUUUUGUAAUUUUUAUGGUUCUUCUAAGAAUACUUCCCAAUACUAUGAUAUUGAUUCUUUUGUAAACUCAUGUAAUUUAAGCAAGAGACGUUCUCUAUCGUUGUUUCAUUUGAAUGCUAGGAGCUUUCCACGCCACUUCGAGCAGCUUAAU